GGAAUGUCUGAGGGAAACACUUCCUCAGGAACAGACUUUGUUCUUUUGGGAUUUACAGAUCAGCGUGAGCUUCAGCUUUUGUGCUUUGUGCUCUUCUUAGCUAUUUAUGUUUUCACUGUGGCUGGAAAUCUUGGCAUGAUUGUGUUAAUCAGGAUGGACCCCCGGCUCCACACACCCAUGUACUUCUUCCUUAGCCAUCUUUCCCUCUUAGACAUGUGCUAUUCUACUACAAUUGUCCCCAAGACCUUGGUGAAUUCCUUGACGGACAGAAAAUUCAUUUCUUUUGUUGGAUGCACCAUCCAGCUCUUUUUCUUUGCAGCUUGUGCUGUUACUGAGAGCUACCUGCUGGCUGCCAUGGCCUACGACCGCUACAUCGCAGUUUGCAAGCCUCUGAUGUACACAGUUGUCAUGACUCAUAAGAUUUGUGUAGGGCUAGUAGCUGGAGCAUAUGUUGCUGGUGUGAUUAGCUCAGCUACACACACCAUAGCCAUAUUUCGCCUGCCAUUCUGCCAUUCUCAUAGGAUCAACCAUUUCUUCUGUGAUGUGCCUCCCCUCCUAACUCUGGCCUGCUCGGACACACAUUUCAAUGAGAUGCUGCUUUUUGCUGUAGUUGGGUUCAACGUCAUAGUCACCACUGUUAUCAUUCUAGCAUCCUACUUGUCUGUCCUCACCACUAUCCUGAGGAUCCGCACCACCGAGGGGAGGCGCAAAGCCUUUUCCACCUGUGCCUCCCACUUGGUGUCUGUCAUGUUGUUCUAUGGAAGUUCCCUCUUCAUGUAUUCACGGCCCAGCUCAAGCUAUUCCCUGGAUCAGGACAAGGUGGUUUCAGUGCUGUACUCAGUCACAAACCCCAUGUUGAACCCUCUCAUCUACAGCAUGAGGAACAAGGAGGUGAAAGAUGCGCUCAGGAAAGCAAGAAGCAGAUUCCUUUCUUGGUGA